UCAUGCGUUUCUUCUCUUUAUAUGAGCAUUGCAGGGAAAAUCUCGUGGUAUGCAAGUGUGGCAUGAUUGGAUUUCCAGCUGCGUGUAUUGUUAUGAGCCUGCCGACUGAGGUCUUUUCACACAUGGAUACCGCCAACCACUUGAUCGGUCUCGAUAGAGGACAGAAAGACUAUGCUGCUACAUUCGAAAUGGUGAAAGCAUCAAGAUUCUUGUAUACAUCCAACCCAGCUGCCUGCUAUGAGUAUUGCCCUGGAUAGACUACUAUUCACGGGCAUCAAUGCUUUAUUGGAACUGGCGGCACCAUCGGGUUUGUUGGAGCAUCCAUCCGCUGACGAUCUGCAAGGCGCAGCCUCUCACGUUCUGGCCUUCAGCCCUCCCAGCCGUUCUCUUCCUCCUUGUAUACUCCCGUAAGACUCGCCUAUCUCUAACGAUUCUUGUUGGGCCAAGCCUACACGAGCAUACGAAUCUACAGGUUUCAAAGUGUUGUCGCUCUUUGCACCGCGUUGGAAGCGAUACAACCGCCGCCUGCCUCCCUGUGUCGCCUGCGACUAAGACUGGAACCUGGCGUCACCGACAUCCACACACCGUGAUUAUCAUUGACCUCAUAACUGUCCCCGUAUUGAUUGCAUCUUCUCUCUCUUCUCUCUUCUCUUCAACAUGCUUGAAACAUCGAGAAGGAAGUCCUUGGCCUGGCUGAAUGGUCAAUACAUCUAUGGCAGAAUUCCUCUGCUUCACGCAAUAAUCCUCUUCAUCGAACUAGCCAUGGCCGCGCGACUCAUAGCCAAGUUCAAUUCCUACUAUGCUCAGAAGCCGGUCCUGACUACGAUGAUCACCAAUGCCGUACGUGAAACAUGAAAAGAUGGUGGGGAGCAUGCUGAUGGAAAAACAGGUCCUCGGUGGCAUUGCAGACACUACGGCACAGACAAUAACAGCCUUCCGAUCAAGGCAAGCCAUCCUCCCUACCAGCGACCCUAGCUCCUUCAUCUCCUCCGGUGUCGAAUUGGAAGACCUCAAUGAGAAGCCCGCAAGGCUAUCUCCCCAACUCUCUCCUCGGCAUACCGGGCCACGGCCUUUCGACUUCGAACGAUUGACGAGAUUCAUGUCAUAUGGUUUCAUCAUGACGCCGCUUCAAUUCUUGUGGUUUGGGCGACUCACAAAAUGGUUUCCAAUCACCCCCAAGAGUGGAACAGUCCCCGCAUUGAAAAGAAUGGCGAUGGAUCAGUUGGUAUUUGCUCCAUUUGGUCUAUCAUGCUUCUUCACCUUCAUGACGGUCGCUGAAGGAGGUGGAAAGAGAGAAAUCUCCAGAAAAUUCCAGGAUGUCUACCUCCCGACACUGAGAGCCAACUGGAUCCUUUGGCCUGCGGUACAGCUUAUCAACUUUCGUGUCAUGCCUUUGCAGUUCCAAAUUCCAUUUGUGAGCACAAUUGGGAUUGCCUGGACGGCUUAUCUCAGUUUGACGAACUCUAGCGAGGAUGAAAUUAUUCAGCAGGAGUGAGGUGCAACGGUGUUAUGUGCUUUUGCUUUUUCCUGCAGACGACCAGCAUCGUCGGCGUUGCGAUGUGGCAACGAUAUGGCUUGUAAAGCAUUUCCAGGUGCCCACUUCUAUGAUACCACAAUAUAUUUCUAUCAGCAUGUUCUCUUUUGACCAUCUUAGACCUCAAUUUCAUCCAGGGACUCGGUACUGCUUUGCUUAUA